AGGCUUCGAACACGAAAACCAGUAAAAAAAAAUCCGAGUCAAAAAGAAAAUUCGAAAAGAAGGAACCGAAAUCCAAAGCCAAAAAUCUUCUUCCAAGUGUUCCAUCAUACACCGCCAAAUGUACACCUUCAGCUGUUCCAUUUUGCCAACAAACAAACCCCGCAGAUGCCAAACGUAGCAUUACCCGAUCUCUCAGUCUAAUCCUAACCCUAGACUGAAGAGAAGAGGACGAUGGCGAAGCACGCGGCCGUUGGCUGGGGCCACCACCACUUACAGAACCGUUGGCUUUUGGCUCUUCUCCUAAUGCUUUCUGUUUCAACUAUUAUUGCCUUCUUCAUGAGAGCUGCCUUCGAUUCGUGUGAUCGGAACGUUUCUGCUGCUGUUGAUGGUAUCGGCUCUGCUCGGAAUGUCAUUCAAGCCUCCGAGAAACGAACGCCGCAGAUCGCUGCUGCAAAGCCGAGUCCCCUCAGUUUUAUGAAGUCGAAGGUCGUUCUGCUGGUGUCGCACGAGCUCUCUCUUUCUGGUGGACCACUGUUGCUGAUGGAGCUGGCAUUCCUAUUAAGAAGUGUUGGUGCCGAAGUUUAUUGGAUUACAAUUACAAAAGCAUCUGAAACAGAUGAAGUAACAUAUAGUUUAGAACAUAAGAUGCUGGACAGAGGAGUACAGGUUUUCCCGGCUAGGGGGAAAGAAGCUUUAGAUACUGCUCUAAGAGCUGAUCUGGUUGUUUUGAACACUGCUGUUGCUGGGAAAUGGCUGGAUGUUGUUCUUAAAGAAGACGUUCAUCGUGUUUUGCCUAAGGUGUUGUGGUGGAUCCAUGAAAUGCGAGGCCAUUACUUCAAAUUAGACUAUGUAAUGCAUCUUCCUUUUGUAUCUGGUGCUAUGAUUGAUUCGCAUGUUACAACUGAAUACUGGAAGAAUAGGACUCAAGAACGUUUGAAGAUUAAAAUGCCCGAUACCUAUGUUGUUCACCUAGGAAAUAGCAAGGAACUGAUGCAAGUUGCAGAAGACAGUGUGGCUAAAAGGGUUUUGCGUGAACACGUUCGUGAAUCUCUUGGAGUGCUCAAUGAGGAUUUACUCUUUGCCUUAAUAAAUAGUGUUUCACGGGGAAAAGGCCAGGAUCUCUUUUUACGUUCCUUCUGCGAGGCCUUGCAACUGAUCAAGGAAAAGAAAAUGCAGGUACCGCCACUGCAUGCAGUAAUUGUGGGAAGUGACAUGACUGCUCAGACAAAAUUUGAAAUGGAAUUACGGGAUUACGUAUUGCAGAAGAAAAUUCAAGAUCGUGUUCAUUUUGUGAAUAAAACUCUGACAGUCGCACCAUAUUUAGCUGCCAUUGAUGUUCUUGUGCAGAAUUCCCAGGCACGGGGAGAAUGCUUUGGACGGAUAACAAUUGAGGCCAUGGCAUUCCAGUUACCUGUACUGGGAACAGCUGCAGGAGGCACCACGGAAAUAGUAGUGAAUGGGACUACAGGUGUAUUACAUCCUGUCGGAAAAGCAGGGGUUACACCUCUUGCAAAAAAUAUCGUCAGACUUGCUACUCAUGUGGAGAGGAGGCUUACGAUGGGAAAGAGAGGGUACGAAAGGGUCAAAGAAAGAUUCUUAGAACCACAUAUGGCCGAGAGAAUUGCUGGAGUACUGAAAGAAGUGUUGAGGAAAUCUAAAAUCAAAUCAGGUAGACACCUGGAUUGAAACCCCGUCGUAACAAUGGGGUUAGAUCCAGUUUCAAUCAGUACAGUAUUCGUGGCCCAAAGUACAGGCUAAAAUAGGAUGCAUUUUUCUUUUUCUCAUGGAGUGACACAUCUUCAGUUAUUUAUGGCCUAAUUUUUAUGUCUCCGGUUUUCCUUUUAGGGAUGUAAAUUAUGUAUGUGCUAAGUCAACUUUCAGCCGUUGAUAUAGUUGAGAAGUUCAUUUGAAGGUAAUGUGGAUUUUUUUUACUUAUCAUAGCACUGAUUUCCUCGGUAAUGGAACGUGGUAGAAUAAGGUAUAAAUGCAAUUCCAAGUUUGGUUGGAGAAAGAGAUAAAUAGGUGAUUGAUGAAUUGCCCGAGAGAGAUUGAUUUCCUGGAAAGAGUUAAUUGUAGCAGAGAAUUGUUUGGUCAGUUGCCUUUGAAGGAUAUGUUGGCAUGGACGGCAAUGGUUACAUGAUAUGCUAAGCCUAGAGAGGCAUUGGAUUGUCUGAGAGAAUGCAAAAUGAAAACAGCUGAGGUUACUUUUGUUGGAGUUAUUUCUGAUUGUGUGCAACUAGGUGCUGCAAAGUAAUUGAACUGGAUUCAGUAUAUCGUUGAGUUUGGGGAUUAAUCCUGCUUGUUGUGUUGUGGUGGGAUCGGCUUUUAUUGCUGUGUUUAAAGACUGGAAGCGUUGAGGAUGCAUAUAAGGUUUGAGGAAAUGGAGGAAAAGAACGUGUGUUCAUAUAAUAUAGUUCAAUGUGCUUAUGCGGCAUUGGAAUUGUUUCAUGAAAUGGUGAAUAAAGGGAUCAAACCUAAGAAAGUUACAUUUAUUGCAUUACUUCCAGCAUGUAGUCAUUUGAAAAUGGUGGAACAAGGGCGUCAAAUAUUUGCAACUAUGGAGGAUAAAUUUAGGAGUUGAUCAUUAUUCUUGCAUGGUGAAUCUUUUUGGUCGAGCUGGACUCCUACGAAACGCGCUUAAACUUGUAGAAACAAUGCCAAUUGAACCUAUGGGGUAUUUUUUUUCCCCGGAGGGGGUGGGGCAUUGCUUGGAUUGCCCAGAUUGAUGCAAACAUUUUAUUUGAGCUGGAACCUAAUGCAACUAGAAACUAUAUCUUGCUACCUAACAUAUAUGCUUCAGCCGGGCGGUGGAAUGAUAAGGAAACUGAUGAUAGAGAAAAAAAUCCUGGAUGUAGCUGGUUGGAAGCGAAGAAGGGUGUCAUUGAGGAGUUUCUUUGCCGGGGCCAUGAUGAGAUGAAGCAGCUUUUACAACGUUUCGUGAGAGAGUGAAUGUGUGUUUGCUGAAGAGAGGAGGA